AUGGAGAGGCACGUCCUCGUCUUCCUCGUCCUCUGCACAUGCUUUGCUUCCUCUGUUUCCUCGUACUGCGACGACGACUACGACUCCGACUCCAGCGCUCCUGUUGUAGACACAGCAGUCGCACCUGCGCCUGCGUCCUCGGCAGGUAGCUACAUCGCCGUCGUGGACUUGCCCAAGGGCGAGAAGCCACGGCACUUCACCAUCAGAAUCCUCGCCUCCAUUCUCGGCAGCGAGGAGGCUGCUACGAAAGCUUUGAUACGUGUCUACGACUAUGCCUUCUCCGGCUUCGAAGCACGCCUCAGUCCACGACAAGCCUCUGCACUAAUGAGUACGUACUCUCUCCUUGAGACCACGAUCGUGCUGCACUGUUCUUAUGGUCAUGAUAAGUCGCUGAUCUGA